AAAUCACCAGGGCGGAACCUUUUAUGCCGGGUCGAUGUUUCUCUACGCCGAGUUAAGCGACGGACCUUCGCUUCCAGACAUGCGCCAUUGAAAACAAACGUAGCAGAUUCGGCGGGGGGCGCUGAUACAUUACAAAAACCGACGAGUUAGAGUGCUUAUUUCGUCUUUAAUCAAACUACGACACAUUUACACACAAUGGAGACUAUUUUAGAGCAACAGCGUCGCUACCACGAGGAGAAGGAGAGGCUGAUGGAUGCGAAGACGAAAGAAAUGUUACACAAGAAGUCCACGCUGCGGGAACAGAUUAACUCUGAUCAUCGGACCAGAGCCAUGCUGGAUAGGUAUAUGGAAGUGAGUGGAAAUCUCAGAGAUUCCUAUGAAGACAAAGAUGGAAUGAGAAAAGAUGAGCUUGGUGCAAUCUCAGGACCAAAUGAGUUCGCAGAGUUCUACAACAGACUGAAACACAUAAAGGAGUUUCACAGAAAGCACCCAAAUGAGAUUUCCAUUCCCAUGUCUGCAGAGUUUGAGGAGCUGAUGAAGGCCAGAGAGAACCCCAGCGAGGAGGCUCAGAACAUGGUGGAGUUCAGUGACGAGGAAGGAUACGGCCGCUACCUCGACCUCCACGACUGCUACCUGAAGUUCAUCAACCUGAAGGGAGCCGAGAAACUGGAGUAUAUCUCUUACCUGUCUUCAUUCGACCAGCUCUUUGACAUCCCCAAGGACAGGAAGAAUGCUGAAUACAGAAAGUACUUGGAGAUGCUGCUGGAGUAUCUGCAGGACUACACAGAACGGGUCAAACCUCUGCUGGACCAGAACGAGCUCUACGGCAAAGUGCUGAUAGACUUUGAAAAGAAAUGGGACAAUGGGACCUUCCCAGGCUGGCCUAAAGAAACAAGCAGUGCUUUGACACACGCUGGAGCUCAUCUGGACCUCUCUGCUUUUUCUUCCUGGGAGGAGUUGGCUUCCUUGGGUCUGGACAGAUUGAAGUCUGCCCUCAUGGCGUUGGGACUGAAAUGUGGAGGGACUCUGGAGGAGAGAGCUCAGAGGCUCUUCAGCACAAAAGGCAAAUCCCUGGAAUCGCUGGACCCUUCACUGUUCGCCAAGAAUCCCAAAGCCAAAGGCCCUAAAAAAGACACAGAGCGUAACAAGGAAAUUGGCUUCCUGGAAUCUCAAGUCUAUGAAUAUGUGGAGAUCCUCGGGGAGCAGAGGCAGCUGACUCAUGAGAACGUCCAGAGGAAACAGGCCAGGACCGGAGAGGAGCGCGAGGAAGAGGAGGAGGAGCAGCUCAGUGAGAGCGAGAGCGAAGACGAGGACAACGAGAUCAUUUACAACCCCAAGAACCUGCCGCUGGGCUGGGACGGCAAGCCGAUUCCAUACUGGCUCUACAAACUCCACGGGCUGAACAUCAACUACAACUGUGAGAUCUGUGGAAACUACACCUACAGGGGACCCAAAGCCUUCCAGAGGCACUUUGCGGAAUGGAGGCAUGCUCACGGUAUGCGCUGCCUGGGAAUCCCCAACACCGCUCACUUCGCCAACGUCACGCAGAUCGAGGACGCUGUCUCUUUGUGGUCCAAGCUGAAGUCCCAGAAGGCAUCAGAGCGGUGGCAGCCAGACACAGAGGAGGAGUACGAGGACUCGAGUGGCAAUGUGGUCAACAAGAAGACCUACGAGGAUCUGAAGAGACAAGGAUUGCUGUAGAUUGAGGAGGAAUGUCAGGAAUAUGAUGGAAAAAAAUUGAAAAAAAUCUACAAGUAAUAAGCGUCCUUUUAAGAUUUGUGAUAUUUUGUAUCGCCCAUGUUUCUUUUUAUUUGUAAGUAGUAAUGUUGUUUUACAGACUUUGUAAUGUCGUCACCAUUGAUCAUUAUAAUAAACUGAGUACUUUUGUCA